AAGAGAGAAUAGUAUAAGUGUUACAAUUACAUAUAGAUGAGACAAUUAGAUUCCCUCAUCAUAAUAUUAUUAAGAGAAGAAUUAUUAUAUACUAAUUAAUAUAUAUAAUAUGGGUAGCAAUAAUAAUAAUAAUCAUAUUAAGGAUCAUGAUGAUCAUGAUGAUGAUGUUCUUCCAGGGUUUAGAUUUCAUCCAACAGAUGAAGAACUAGUUGGAUUUUAUCUUAAGAGAAAGGUUAAUAAUAAACCAAUCACCAUUGAUCUCAUCAAAUCCAUUGAUAUCUACAAAUAUGAUCCUUGGGAUCUUCCAAAAGGAUCAUCAUCAGGUGGAGAUAAAGAGUGGUAUUUUUUUUGUAAAAGAGGUAGAAAAUACAAGAAUAGUGUAAGACCAAAUCGAGUAACUGGAUCUGGAUUUUGGAAAGCAACUGGAAUAGAUAAGCCAAUUGUACGUAAUAAUAAUCAUAUUGGUCUUAAAAAAACUUUGGUUUACUAUCGAGGAAGUGCUGGUAAAGGUACCAAAACUGAUUGGAUGAUGCAUGAGUUUCGUCUUCCUCAUAAUUCUAACAACAACACUACUACUACUACUGAUCCCCAAUUAUUAGAAGCUGAAAUAUGGACUUUAUGUAGGAUAUUCAAGAGAAAUGUGUCUUAUAGAAAGUACACAUCGGAUUGGAGAGAAUUAUCAAGUAAAGUACGUACCACUACUCAUCAACAGCCAUUAAUGGAUUCUAAAAACAACAAUGCCAUGAUGAUCAAUAAUAAUAAUUACACAAUUGAUUUCAGUUCUUCAGUGAUUUAUGAUUAUGAUCAUAAUAAUUAUAAUGAGGAGAUGAAGCCUGUUAUAAAUAAUAAUAAUAAUCACAUUCAUCAUAUCAAGAUGAAUAACAAUAAUAAUAAAAAUAUUAAUCAUCAUCAUCAAGAUCAAGAUACUCAAGAUCAACAUCAUGAGUUGCAUGUAACUUCUUAUGAUGAUCAUAAUAUGGAUUCCUUGAUCUCAUCAAGCCUAUUUUCAUCAUACCAAGAUGAUCAACAUGAAUUCAACGAUCAGAUUUUCACACGUGCUGACUGGGAUGAGCUUAGAUCUAUUGUUGGAUUUACAGAUUUUAUUUUGUAAAUUUAUUAGUAAUUUGUUACUACUUUUAUAUUAUUAGUUACUAGUAAUAAUUAAGUGUGUGGUGUGGGGACUAGUGUAGCGUAGUGUACUGAUUUUUUGCCACCCCCUUAAUUAAUUAAUUAAUUUUCUUAUUCUUACA